AGCCACAAUAAUCCACAUUUCCCGUGGGAUUUCGUGCCCUGGAGCACCCACCCAGCCCCUCCGGAGGGCACAGGUCCGUGGCUCUCCCGCACCCACGGGUCCCCAGCACGGCCAGGGGUGACCCUGCUGGGGACAAUUCUCUUUGCAGGCACUGAUGGCAGCACACAAAGGGUGCCAAGGCCUCCUGUGAACACCCCCAGAGCUCCGGCUGGGCUCCGAGAUCUCCUGGAUCCUCCUCCUGCCCAGGUGAGCACCUGCAGCCCCCCCCCAGGUCACCCAGCGUCCCCUCAGGUCCCCUCCUGCUCCCUGCCCCGCUCCGACUCCUCCUCCCUCUGCACUUCCCCGCACCCUCACGUCCCCCAGGCCCCUCUGCGGGGCUGUCCCCCCACCUGCGACCCCAAAUCCUGUCACCACGGGCCACCUGUGUCCCCCCAGGACACCCAGCUGCAGGAUGGGGGCACAGAGGGGACAAUCCCCAAGGGCUCUCCUCUCCUCUGCAGCUUCCCUCCUCUCCCUCAACAAACCCUGGAGGAUUUGCCAGCCUUGCCCUGCCCUUCCCAGCUCCGGAUUGGGGGGUCCCUGAGGCAGAGCCCAAAGCAGCUCCCCAGUACAGAGCUGUGGAACAAACUGGUGACACUGGGAAGGGACAGAACCCCCCCAGUCCCCAGCUGGCAGCAGCAGCUCAGGGUUGGCAGCUGGCACAAACCAUUCCCUGGUCUCAGCCCGGAGCUUCACGCCCACGUGGGGCAGGACUUUCAAGAAGUAUCCCCAAAAAAAAGAAGCGGAAAACCCUCUUGUCCUCCCAGGAAAGAGCCGGGGGUGUCACGGGGCAGAGACACUGUGGGGACACCUCGGGGAGGCUCAGGGUCACCCGGCAGCCCUGCCCCGAGGUUUUGGGGUGGUGGGUGCCACCCCACGAGGUGCUGGUGACAACAGGGGGUUGGUGGGGCAUCAAAC